AUGGCUUCACCAAAUGUUGAGUACACUGCAAGCUUCACACACACUUUGAAAACCUUGGUUAAGAAAUUAUGGACUAAGUUAGUAAUGUUCACAAAAUUUAUAAAAGAGAUUAGCCAAGAUGACCCUAGAAGGUUUAUUCAUUCCUUCAAAGUUGGGUUAGCAUUAGUUUUGGUUCAUAUUUUGCAUCAUUUUCGUCCUUCUUUCUAUGGUUUUGGUGACAACAUUAUCUGGGCUGUUCUUACCGUUGUUAUUGUCCUUGAACUUUCUGUGGGUGCAACAAUCGGAAAAGGUUUCAAUCGAAUGUUCGCAACAGGGUUAGCGGGCGCUCUCGGUGUUGCGAGUAAUGAAAUCACCACUCUUUGUGGAGAUAAGGGAAAAGUCGUAAUGACUUCGAUCUUUAUCUUUGUGAUAGCUGAAAGAGUGACAUUUAUGAGAUUUUCUCCUAAAUUGAAGGCAAGAUAUGAUUAUGGGAUGAUCAUAUUCAUCUUAACAUUUUGUUUGGUAUCUCUUUCGGAUGUGAGUGGACAUGAACUUCUAGAAAUGGCAUAUGAAAGGUUAUUAACAAUUAUAAUUGGAAGCUCUAUAGCUAUUACAGUGUGCAUUUUCAUAUACCCUGUUUGGAUUGGAAAGGAUCUUCACAACAUGAUUGCUGGAAAUAUUGAAAAGGUUGCUGACUUUUUAGAAGGAUUCGGAGAUGAGUACUUCAACAAUUUAGAGAAUUCAGAAGAUGAAAAUGAUAAAGAAUUUCUUCACAAAUAUAAAAGAGUUCUCUCUUCAAAAAGCACGGAAGAAACAAUGGCGGAUUUGGCAAGAUGGGAACCUCGUCAUGACCGAUUUAGAUUUCGUCAUCCAUGGAAGCAAUAUUUAAAAAUUGGAAACUUGACGCGGUUUUGUGCAUACAAAGUCGAAGCUCUCAGUGAAUAUCUUCAACAUUCUAAAACUCCGUAUGAAUUUCGAAGCAGAAUUCAAGAAUCAUGCACGAAUAUUAG